AUGAGUGGAUUUUCAAUCCCAAGAGUCAUUGAAGGUAUUCAAUACUACACACCAUUCCUAAUUCAAAUGGUAGUCUACUUCUGGAUCGACUUUUUCAAAGCCUGGCUACCGUAUUGGCCUCAGAAGCAGAUUAAAGGGCAACUCAUGCUGAUCACUGGCGCUGGAUCUGGAAUUGGAAGGGAGAGUGCUAAGCAGGUAGGGUAAUAUUUUUUUUAGGGUGUGGUAGGGUAGGGUAGGGUAGGGUAGGGUAGGGUAAGGUAGGUAGAGCAGGGUAGGGUAGGGUAGGGUAAUAAAAGAAAAUCAAUACUAUGUGGACCAAAUGUAAAUUUCUUGAAAGAUAGGGCUAGAGUUGAGAAACAAUAUUUUCUAAAAAUCAAUACUAUGUAGACAAAAUGUAAAUUUUAAAGUUUUGGGGUAUGACAUGAGAUAGAGUAGGAUAAAUCUAUGAAAAUCAAUACUGUGUGAACAAAAUGUAAUUCUUUUGUAGGGUAGGGCAGUUUUAAAGCAAGGGAUUGCUAAGCUUGAGCUAGAGCUAGGGCUAGGGAUAAGGCUGGAGCUAUGUCUAGAAUGGAGCACAACAUUUUAAAAAAAUCGAUACUAUGUAGACGGAAUGUAAAUGUUGGCGUAAGGCUUGGGCUAAAGUUGGCUAAAUUUAAAAUCAAUUUUAAGUGAACAAAAUGUAAAUAUUUUACAAAGUAGAGCAGGGCUUACUAUAAUAUAUUUUUUAACUAUACUGUAACAAUUAAAUUUUCCGUAUUGCAUUACAGUAAGCGUUGUAAAAUAACAAAAUAAAAUUUUUUUAAGUUUGCCCACCGUGGAGUCCGCCUAAUCCUCUGGGAUGUGAACGAAGAAGGUCUGAAAGAAACCAAAGAAAUCCUGGCACAGAACGGUCACGACAACGUCCAAAUCAUGCGAGUGAACCUCGGCGACCACGACGACGUACGACGUGCUGGCUCCGAAGUACGCGACAACUACGGCGUUCCAGACAUUGUCUUCAACGUGGCUGGCAUCAAUGGUGCCUUCUCGCUGACCGAGUGCGACAUGGGCAAAUACGACAACACCAUGAACGUGAACACACGUGCCGUCGUUACGGUAGUCAACGAGUUCUUGAACGAAAUGAUCAGUCGAAACAGUGGACACUUGAUCACGUUAACAUCGAUUGCUGGCUACCAAGGAGCCGGAGGCCUGAUUGCUUAUACUAUGAGCAAGUACGCGGCCGUCGGCUACAUGGAAUCGAUUCGAAAUGAGUUCAAAUCUAAGAAAAUUGACAUCAAGUGCACUACUGUGGCUCCGUACUAUGUCAAGACACCUAUGACCAGAGGAGUGGAGUAUGAGUAUGUUAGCUAUUUUUUUUUAUUUAAAAAUGACUUAUUUUUAAAUCGAAAAAAUUUUUCUCCCUCGCCAAAAAUUACCUGAAAAUUUACCCCGCCCGAAAAAGUUUUUGGAAAACUGUUUGAACGUCACUGAAAGCUUGUUUUUUCACCUUUUUAAGGUAUUUAAAAAUUAUCCACCCCCACAAAAAAAUAAAAAAAUUUACCACGCCCAAAUUUUUUUCAAAACAUGUUUAAAAGUUGCUCAAAUUUGUUUUUUUUUUUAUUUCUCUAAGGUUUUUUUUAAUAUAUCCACCCCUAGAGAAAAAAUUUAAAAUUUACCACGCCCAAAAUUUUUUUUUAUCUAGGGCGCCAAUUUCGAAAAAGUUGUUUAAAAGUUGCUAAAACUAUGUUUUUUGACGUUUUUAAGACAUUUCGAAUAUGAAAAGUAGGUGGAAGAUUUUCAAUGCAAAAUACAUUACAAAUCUUCCACUUAAGUUCCAUUUUUCAAAACCUCCGUAUUAUUGGACAGAAUUUGAAAGUUGAACAUUUUUAUUUUAUUUUCUCAUUUCAGCAACUUCUGGGCCCCAAUGUGCGAGCCAGAAUACGUAGUCGAACAAAUCGUUGAAGGCGUUCUUCGCGAAUCCGAAGAAAUUUUCAUUCCACGAUGGUCUUGGUUCUACGUCGUUAUUAAGGGGUAGGUUUCUUAAGAUUUGCUUAUUGGAAGCACGUAUUUUACAAAUUUUGUUUUCAAACUUAUGAUAACUGUACUUUUUUUGAACGGAAUGUUACAAACGUAGAAAUCAAUACUAUGUAGACGAAAUGUAAAUUUCAAAAAAUAAUUUAAAAAAUAGUAAUAAUACGGAUAAGGGCGGGGGGGGUAGAAUAGUACAAAAACUCUAAAAUACGAAUAACUGAAGGAAUUGCAAAAGGCGAUACUAUGUGAGUGUAAUGUAAAUUUUUAUAGGGUAGGGUAGGGUAGGGCAGGGUAGGGUAGGGUGGGUAGGGUAGGGUAGGGUAAAGUAAUGUAGAGUAGAACUAUAAUUUUCGUAAUUUUAGCUUCUUGCCAACCCGUGUAAUGGACGUCUUCACCGAGGCCUUCGAAAUUCACACUUUGCCAAUUGGUUUCGAGAGAUUCCGCCUACAGCAAGCCAAAUUGAAUGGAGCUAACGGUACUCCCAAUGGCAAUCAGAACGGGGUUGAAAAUCGUUAG